CCUAUCCCGCAUUGCUUCACUUGCGCUUCAGCAUUAGGUCGCCUUAUGAUGGUGAUGUCCUCCGACACCGCUCGAGUCUGAUACAGCCCCGCCAUCCUAUUACUCCUCGACGAGGCUUGAUUCGACUCAUCCAAAUAUUUUUGUCCUGCGGGAUAUAUCCAGCUUUGGCUCUUCUCAUCCCAGCUCAUAGUUGAGCAGAAUCAUCCAAUAAACCCUCCCCAUCAUCAUCAUCUUUUUAUCUUGAACCUUUCUUACAACAUCCUCAUCACCUUCAUCCUGUCGCAACAACAAACAGUCUGUACUACCCUACCAAGCUCACCUGGGGUGCCUCUUACUUCAAAAGCAAUGUUGCGUUCUCAACGGUCACAUCAACAAGUGCACAAAGCUAACAUCAAGCUGUCAAAAGAUCCAAAAUGCCCAUCUCCAAGAUCCACGCUCGCUACGUCUACGACUCUCGUGGCAACCCGACCGUUGAGGUUGACGUUGUUACUGAGCUCGGCCUUCACCGCGCCAUUGUCCCCUCCGGUGCCUCCACUGGCCAGCACGAGGCUUGCGAGCUCCGCGAUGGUGACAAGACCAAGUGGGGUGGCAAGGGUGUUCUCAAGGCCGUCCAGAACGUGAACGAGAUCAUUGGCCCCGCUCUCAUCAAGGAGAACAUUGACGUCAAGGACCAGUCCAAGGUUGACAAGUUCCUCAUCGACCUCGAUGGCACCGCCAACAAGACCAAGCUCGGCGCCAACGCCAUCCUCGGUGUCUCGCUCGCUGUUGCCAAGGCCGGUGCUGCUGAGAAGGGCGUUCCCCUUUACGCUCACAUCUCCGACCUUGCUGGCACCAAGAAGCCCUAUGUCCUUCCCGUUCCCUUCAUGAACGUCCUCAACGGCGGUUCCCACGCUGGUGGCCGUCUCGCCUUCCAGGAGUUCAUGAUCGUCCCCUCCGCCGCUCCUUCCUUCUCCGAGGCCCUCCGUCAGGGUGCUGAGGUGUACCAGAUCCUCAAGAGCCUCGCCAAGAAGAAGUACGGCCAGUCCGCUGGCAACGUCGGUGACGAGGGUGGUGUCGCUCCCGAUAUCCAGAACCCCGAGGAGGCCCUCGACCUUAUCACCGAGGCCAUCGAGAAGGCCGGCUACACUGGCCAGGUCAAGAUCGCCAUGGAUGUCGCUUCCAGCGAGUUCUACAAGGAGGACGUCAAGAAGUACGACCUCGACUUCAAGAACCCCGAGUCCGACCCCUCCAAGUGGCUCACCUAUGAGGAGCUCGCCAACCUCUACUCCGAGCUCUGCAAGAAGUACCCCAUCGUCUCCAUCGAGGACCCCUUCGCUGAGGAUGACUGGGAGGCCUGGAGCUACUUCUACAAGACCCAGGACAUCCAGAUUGUUGCUGAUGACUUGACCGUCACCAACCCCCUCCGCAUCAAGAAGGCCAUUGAGCUCAAGGCUGCCAACGCCCUCCUCCUCAAGGUCAACCAGAUCGGUACCCUUACCGAGUCCAUCCAAGCUGCCAAGGACUCCUACGCCGAUGGCUGGGGUGUCAUGGUCUCUCACCGCUCUGGUGAGACCGAGGAUGUCACCAUUGCCGACAUUGUCGUGGGUAUCCGCUCUGGCCAGAUCAAGACUGGUGCUCCUGCCCGUUCCGAGCGUCUUGCCAAGCUCAACCAGAUCCUCCGCAUCGAGGAGGAGCUUGCCGACAACGCCAUCUAUGCCGGCGAGAAGUUCCGCAAGGCUGUUGAGCUCUAAGUGGUUUCAUGCUGAUGGAGACCCGUUCGGAUGGAAUCGGGACCUGGGAAGGUUUCUAGGGGUGACCGGUUGACCGACAUGUGUUACCUCGGAUGACCAAAGGACACGGGUAUGGCUAAUGAAAAUGGCGGAAUGACAUAGAGUUUUAAUGAUCAAUACCAAGUUUCUUUUACCCCAUAUGCGUUGGCAGGAACCACGUGCAAGUUUGUGACAUGGAUCGGUAGCGUUGGCCAUCUGUUUCUCCCCUUUCCCCGCGAUUCCCCG